CUUCAAUUUUCAAAGUCAAAACUCAAACUUGACAAACUUCUAGGUAUCGACUCGGCCAUUUUUGUUGCGAACAUCGUCCAAGAUGUCGCACAGGAAGUUCUCGGCACCCCGUCAUGGGUCAAUGGGAUUCUAUCCCAAGAAAAGGUCCCGCCGUCAUCGUGGUAAAGUAAAGGCAUUCCCCAAGGACGACCCCAGCAAACCGGUGCAUCUCACCGCGUUCAUCGGAUACAAGGCUGGUAUGACCCAUGUUGUCCGUGAACCUGACCGUCCUGGAUCAAAGAUUAACAAGAAGGAGAUUGUAGAGGCAGUCACCAUCAUCGAGACUCCCCCUAUGGUCUGUGUUGGUGUUGUUGGUUACAUCGAUACCCCACACGGCCUGCGAGCCCUCAACACUGUAUGGGCAGAGCACAUGUCGGAAGAUUGCCGCCGUCGAUUCUACAAGAACUGGUACAAGUGCAAGAAGAAGGCCUUUACCAAAUCUAGCAAGAAAUGGCAAGAUGAGCUUGGCCGUAAAUCAAUUGAGAAGGACUUCAAAAAGAUGGUCCGCUACUGUAGUGUCAUUAGGAUCAUCGCUCACACUCAGAUGAAGCUUCUUAAGCAACGCCAGAAGAAGGCUCACAUUAUGGAAAUUCAAGUGAAUGGUGGAACCAUUGAUGACAAAGUCAAAUGGGCCAGAGAGCACUUGGAAAAGCCUAUCCCAAUUGAUUCUGUCUUUGCUCAAGAUGAGAUGAUUGAUUGCAUUGGAGUAACCAAAGGAAAGGGUUACAAGGGUGUCACAUCCCGUUGGCAUACCAAGAAGCUGCCCCGCAAGACGCACAAGGGUCUGCGUAAGGUUGCUUGUAUUGGAGCAUGGCAUCCUUCAAGGGUGUCAUUCACUGUUGCCCGUGCUGGUCAAAAGGGCUACCAUCACCGCACUGAAAUGAACAAGAAAAUCUACAGAAUUGGACAAGGUAUCCACACCAAGGAUGGCAAAGUCAUCAAGAACAAUGCCUCAACUGAAUAUGACCUGUCUGAAAAGUCCAUCACACCCAUGGGUGGCUUCCCUCAUUAUGGUGAGGUCAACAAUGACUUCAUCAUGAUCAAGGGUUGUUGUAUGGGACCCAAGAAACGUGUGAUCACACUUAGAAAAUCACUGCGUGUGCACACAAAGAGGGCAGCACUUGAGAAAAUCAACCUCAAGUUUAUCGACACCGCAUCCAAAUUUGGUCACGGAAGAUUCCAGACCCCUGCUGACAAGGCUGCAUUUAUGGGUGUUCUUAAAAAAGACAGAAUCCGUGAGGAAGCUGCUGCCACUGCAGCCCCUGCUGCUACUCAGGCUUAAAAGAACAGCCACAAUAAAGUGACUAUAUAAAA